CGCCAGAAGCCGCGCAGGAGCAGGGGGUUUUUGGAUUUGAAUUACACAGAAUGGCACCUAAGCCCAAACAUCAAAAGACUGCAAAAGGAAAAGAACAUAGCAAGCUGAAGGAUGACAAUGAGUCCAGCAUUAAACUAGACCAUUGUGCUCUCAGCUUGUCAGAUAUAUUGGCCAUAGACCAUGAGCAUUCCCUCCCCAGAUAUGCUGCAGUGGUGUCUCGGCCGGACGGCACCGUCACAAUGGAGGACGUGGACCGGAUACAGCUGGAGCUGGAGGCCCUGCUGUCCGCCGCCACCAUCCGCCGGAAGACGGUCAGCGCCGAGAUCAAGCUCAUCAACGGCAUGGACAAGCGACGCGGCCGGCCGCCGACCGCGGCCGGGCCGGGCUCUCCGGGGAAGGUAGCCAGAAGCGGCGAGCGGCCCGUCAAGAAGUUCAAGGACUCCUUCGGGAGGGCGAAGGAAGUUACCCCGAUCAAGCCGCCCAGGGUCCGGGUCCCGUCCGGGGCCUACAACUCGGAGGACAUCCUGCCGCAAAUCAAGGCCGAUCCCACUAUGCCGUCGCCCGUGGUGAAAAACGACAUCCCUGACAAGUUCUGGGCGGCGAUGGAGCAGUACUGCGGCCCCAUCACGACAAAGGACGUGGAGAUGCUGGAGCGGCUGAGUGCCGACCGGGAGGACAUGGACGAGUGCCUGACGGUGCCCCCACUCGGCAAGCACUACACGCUCAAGUGGGCCGAGGAGGACGGACAGGACGACGGUGACUCCGACUCCGAGGACGAGAACAAGACGCAGACCAAGGCCAAGGCCAAAAUAAAAAGACGGCACGUAUGCGUGUCCGGGCGUUUUUAA